UCCGGGCACCAUGGAAGACGGUGCUAAUAGACAGCAAGCAGAGGUCUCUGGUCUGUCUCGCAUGAAUAAGGGGUGCUUAUCUUUUACUGCUUCGUUGCAAGAGGGUUUCCGCUAUGUCAAGGCCUUCUUUGUUGGUCAGGCUAAGAGGUUGACAGCAAGAAGUGAGAAAGAAGCAACAGAAGCAGACCUAGUAACUGCCAAAAUGCAAGUUGAAGCUACUGAUGCAGCCGAGGAUACCAAGAGCAGACUCAACAAAUCAGUCUAAAUCUCAAACACCAUGAGCCUUCUAUUGCAGUACGUGUGCAUUGGAUUUUAAUGAACAUUUAUAUUUUACAAUUUAGUGUUCUUCAUCUGGUGUAUCACUAUAAUUUUUUAUUGAUGGAAUAGAACACUGGUAGGAAUAAUAGUCAAACCAAUUUACACACACAUCAGAAAUACAUAAUCCACCAAUUGAUUGAUGUUAUUUAUCCUAUUUCUAUUAGAGACACAUAUAUCUUAGGUAGAAGUAGAAGAUGAUGGACCUUCUAAACGGAUAUAGUCAUACAUAAGGCCCUGGACAGGGCUGCUGCUCAUGGCUUGGGUUAGAAACACUGUAUUUACUCCUUCCAAAAGCAAUGUGCCCGGUAUGUCUAUGCUAUACAGCCAGUAGAGCCCAUGAAUUCCAUGUCUAGCAAUAGUGUUGUCUUUUCCUAUCACUCCAGUUGUAAAUAGUGGUGAGUCUGUUUUGGAAUCAUUUACACGAAUCUAUAAAUUGAAAAGAAAGAAAAUCAGAUUAAGCUUUAUUAAGUAAACAUAAACUCCCAUCCAGAUAUUGUGGUUAAAUAUUGUGGCCUGAAAAUAUGGUGCCUCUAGAAUUAUGCACCUGUAAUUCUGCAACAUUUGCAGUAGCAAGGGCAAUCCGAAGUGUGUAUGGUUUUGUCUGAUUGACAUGGUCAAGUUGAAACUUGAUUUUCCAUGUAGUUCCUUGAUACUUGCCAUCAACCUGCUUCCUGUUUCUCAAAACAACGAGUAGUUAAGGCCAUGAAGGUUAAAAGUUUAUCAACUGAGACCAAAAAAGUUUCAAAUACAAAAGAUGAAACUUUGACAUAAUAAAGCCAAAGUAGUAAGAACUUGACCUGGUAACGUGAGCGAAGAACCAAUCUUUAGUAUAGUCACUAACACCAACGGUGUAUACUAAAUCCUCCUCAGGAUAUAAAUCUUCAUAUCUUUCCCAUAAACCAUACUGCCUAAACCUGAAAUUGUAAGGAAAUGACAAGACCUUAUAAUCAGGGGAC